CUCAGGGUGCUGGAAAGGAGCGCGAAAUGCCAGCUGCUGAUCGGGAGGUCCCGUUGCCCCCACGGGAACCGCGCGGUGUCUUCUUGCGGCUGGGAAGUGAGACCCGAAAUUAGAACCGGGGAAGCCCUUGGCCUUCCGGUUCUCCAUCCGGCCCUGUGUCAGAUCAGAUGAACCACACCGCUGAGCAGACAGAUCAGCUUGCAGCGGGAUAGUUGAGGAUGCCGGCUUGCACUUUGCUCGCUGGGUGUCCGGCAGGCAGUGAACUGGGGCGCCUUCGACCCUGACCGCGCUCUCUGCCGAAGCAGGGCCCGAAGUGGGGCUGCCUCAGGACGGGCCCGCCGGUGCGGUGCGUGGCGGCGCCCUCGGCUCCAGGUUCUGAAUUGCAGUCCCUGCGCGCCUGGGCCGCUGAGUACAGCCCAGCCCUGCAGUCAUUUCUCGGCGACAUUUGAAAGCGAUGUGAAAAUCCAUUGCAAGAUUUAUUCCUCUAUGAUGGAGAAGUAUGAAAAAAUCGGGAAAAUUGGAGAAGGGUCCUAUGGAGUUGUUUUCAAAUGCAGAAACAGGGACACGGGUCAGAUUGUGGCCAUCAAGAAGUUUCUGGAAUCGGAAGAUGACCCUGUCAUUAAGAAAAUCGCCCUUCGGGAGAUCCGCAUGCUCAAGCAACUCAAGCAUCCCAACCUAGUCAACCUGCUGGAGGUGUUCAGGAGAAAGCGCAGGCUCCACCUGGUGUUUGAGUAUUGCGACCACACGGUGCUCCACGAGCUGGACAGACACCAGAGAGGGGUACCAGAACAUCUCGUGAAGAGUAUAACUUGGCAGACACUGCAAGCUGUAAAUUUUUGCCAUAAACACAAUUGCAUCCACAGAGAUGUGAAACCAGAAAAUAUCCUCAUCACAAAACAUUCAGUGAUUAAACUUUGCGAUUUUGGAUUUGCUCGGCUUUUGACUGGACCGAGCGACUACUACACAGACUAUGUGGCUACCCGGUGGUACCGCUCCCCGGAACUGCUGGUGGGGGACACACAGUAUGGCCCCCCAGUAGAUGUCUGGGCCGUUGGCUGUGUCUUCGCUGAACUGUUGGCAGGAGUGCCCCUGUGGCCAGGAAAAUCAGAUGUGGACCAGCUUCAUCUGAUUAGGAAAACCUUGGGGGAUCUGAUUCCUAGACACCAGCAAGUCUUUAGCACGAAUCAGUACUUCGGUGGAGUGAGAAUCCCAGACCCUGAGGACAUGGAACCACUUGAGUUAAAAUUUCCAAACAUCUCCUACCCUGCCCUGGGACUCUUAAAGGGCUGCCUGCACAUGGACCCUGGCAAGAGACUGACGUGCGAACAGCUGUUGCAGCACCCAUAUUUUGACAGCAUCAGAGAAGUGAGAGGGCCAACAAAAGAACACGACAAGCUAACAAGGAAGGGCCUGAGACAGAGCCAAAAGCACCUGCCCGGGGUAAAGACCAAGACGGUACCCUGCUUGACAGAAACAGCCAAGUUGCAGUACCUACCUCAGCUAACUAGCAGCAGCAUCUUUCCAGCUCUGGAUAACAAGAAGUACUACUGCAAUACCAAGAAAUUUAACUACCAUUUCCCAAACAUUUAAGGAGUGAGGAGAUCAAUGACAGAGGAAGAAGUGAUCAGUAACUUGAAGACAAUGAAACCGACCCACUUGACUGAAAAGAAUUACUGGGUUGAAAACACAAGUACCCAGGAGCCACCUGCAAAGAUGCAAAGGAAACUCCAGAUCCUGCCUUCCAUGCUUGGUGCAGGUGUCCAGAACAGAAAGGAAAGACCUGUCUGGAAUCGCACUUGUAAUUUUGUUUAUCGAAGCAGCUGAGCUAUGGGUAGAAUAUGGACUGCAUCUACUGCCCAUAUCUCGGGCAAAGUUAGAUAAUGUUAACAAGAUUUAUGCCUGAGCUGUACCCUAUGCCACCUGUGAAAAAUGGAUCAUACAACCUAGAUGUGUCUCCUUGGACCUCUGUGGCCCUCAGUCCUGUCUACUACCUUCCAGGUUAUUUCAAUAUCAUCUUGAAGGACAGAUUGUAAGCAUCAAAAUUCUUAAAAUUCCACUUCUGCCUUAUUCUAUCUCUUGAUUUUUUAAUUUCAUUUUUUAAUAUCUCAAUUGUUCACCAUAUCUAAAAUCAUACCAUCAUAAAGACUUUAUAAUAUGCUUCAUAGUUGAUGUUUAUGCAUUUCUUAUACACAUUUUUGUUUUUACUGUAGUAAAGGAUAUGUCUUAGUCAUUUUUGCAUGCAAGACAUAUUUACUGUAAUCCGUCUACCCUCGUUCACCCAGUCCCUUUUGCAAAAGAUGGCAUGAAGCUUGGCAGCAGACCAGAGUAUUCAAGGGGUAGAACGAGACCUACAGGCUUCGCAGGAGCUGAAUCUGUCAGCUUGAAUAUAAUUAGGCCUUCGCUCUCCCCAGCUCAGCCUCAGACACACACACAGAUCUACAGGCAGAACGGCAUGUGGCAAUCCAGGCUUUAGAGGAGCUGGCUGGAAACUUUCACUUGAGUCAUGAAAGAUGUUAGGUUACCAGCUGACAUUUUCCCUGACACACCUUUCCCUUCUACAGUGUCUCCAGGUAUAUGCACGUGUGUAUUUGCUGAUACCCAUGUGGAUAUAUGCUAUCUUAAUGACUAAUACAACUAAGACGACCAAAUGACAUGUGUUGAGGAUUCCUAGCUUGGUACAGUGAGAUCUGAAAUAGUUCUGCCUUGGUCAACUGCUCCUAAACAAAGCCUUUUUAUACUUGUCCUUUCUACCCUGGGCCAUCCGAAGCCCUGCCUUUGGCACAGCUCAGCACCUUUUGGGUUGACGUGCUGUUCUUGGCCUAGCAGCUCUCAGCAUGGUUCUCAGAGUUGAGCUUCAUGGUCUCUUCAACACAUUUCUUCUGUGUUCUCACUGUCUUCCCGUGUUAAUUUUCUUCAUACCAGCACUUGACCCCACUCACUUACUGCUAACUUAUCCACUGAAUUCCAUCACUGGCCCAGUACUUUUGGCACAUCCAGCCAUAUUCUAAGCCUUCCUAACAGAGGUAGCAUAGAGCUGAUAGUGGGUACAGUAACAGUCCCAUACCAUCUAGUUCCUGUUACAGAGCCUGGAUUCAAGUGACAUGGGAGGAUAUCCAACUUCUACAUUGUCUUCCUUGUUCGUCUUAGCCCAGUACAAUGUAUUUGAUGGAGGCAGAUAACUGCCUGACUACCCAAUAGUUUUAUAGAAAACCAUCCACAACAGAAAAGCAGCGCUAGACUAAAUCAUAAAGAAUCAGUUGUCUCACCACACAAUAAGACCAAUGUGAAAAAGGCUCAUUUUUCUCUAAAGAAUUCUACUAAAUUUAUGCUUGUAUUCAAUUUAACCAUGUUGCUUUUUUUCUUCAGCAUGGAAUCACCACUUCAUCACAUGAGACUACAUCUUUGUCUUUACUUAUAUGCUAUUUUCUGAUUUUUAAAUGACAAUGGUAAUGCUGUUAGUAAAUAAUAUUUAUGCUAUGUAUUAAUUACAUAGGGUAGUUUGUUUCACUUCCCUCAUAAAAUAUGGGGACUAUCUCCUUACAGGCUAAAUUCUAAAUGUCACUAAAAUUCAUUUUUUCUGCCUGAAAACUGUAUCACAGUAAAUGUUUAAAAUUCAUUUCCAAUAAACUUUAUAUUCAAUUGUUUAAUGUUAUAACCAAAUAUAUAGAAAUCCACAAAUAAAUCGGCAAAUAGCCAAGAAUAAUACAAUCAGAACUAUUUCAAGUGGAUAAAAAUAAAGACAUUUUUAUCUGUUUA